AUGCAUGAGUGCAUCUCCAGCCACGUUGGCCAGGCUGGUAUCCAGAUCAGCAAUGCCUGCUGGGAGCUUUACUGUCUGGAACAUGGCAUCCAGCCUGAUGGCCAGGUGCCCAGUGACAAGACCAUUGGGGUAGGGCAUGAUUCCUUCAACACCUUCUUCAGUGAGAUGGGUGCUGGCAAGCAUGUGUCCAGGGCAGUGUUUGUAGACCUGGAGCCCACAGUCAUUGAUGAAGUUCGUACUGGCAACUACCGCCAGCCCUUCCACCCUGAGCAGCUAAUCACCGGCAAGGAGGAUGCUGCCAACAAUUAUGCUCGUGGGCACUACACCAUCGACAAGGAGAUCAUUGACCUCAUCCUGGACAGAAUCCGCAAGCUGGCUGACCAGUGCACAGGUCUCCAGGGCUUCUUAGUUUUCCACAGCUUCGGUGGGGGCACCGGUUCCAGGUUCACAUCCCUGCUGAUGGAAUGCCUCUCAGUUGAUUAUGGCAAGAAGUCCAAGCUGGAGUUCUCCAUCUACCCUGCCCCCCAUGCAUCUACAGCUGUAGUUGAGCCCUACAACUCUAUCCUCACCACCCACACCACCCUGGAGCACUCAGAUUGUGCCUUCAUGGUAGACAAUGAGGCCAUCUAUGACAUCUGUCGCAGGAAGCUCGAUAUCGAGCACCCAACCUCCACCAAACUUAGCCACCUGAUUAGCCAGAUCGUGUCCUCCAUCACUGCUUCCCUCAGAUUUGAUGGUGCCCUGAAUGUAGAUCUGACAGAAUUCCAGACCAACCUGGUGCCCUACCCCCGCAUCCACUUC